AUGCUCCGUGUUGCUGUUCUCGCCACCUUGGCCAUCGCCGCUUUCUGCGCUCCAGUCCCAAAUAGCGUCGAAGAUAUUCCAGCCGAAUACAAAUCAUUGAUCCCAAAGGAAGUUCUUGAUCAUUUGACCGGAAUCACCGCCGAAGAGAAAGCCGCUAUUAAGGAAUUGGCCGCUGAACACAAAACCUUCAAAGAUGAGACUGAAUUCUUGGCUGCCUUGAAAACCAAAUCACCAUCCCUUGCUGAGAAAGUUGCCAAACUUCAAGCUCUCCUCGAAGCCAAAUACGCUGAACUCGAUGAAAGUGCAAAGGCUUUGAUCAAGAAGGUUGUUGCCAAGGGAAGAGAAUUGCAUCAAGAUUAUUUGGCUGGAAAGAAACCAUCAUUGGAAACACUUAAGAACCUCGCCGCCGGGUUAGUUCUAUUCUUUUCGAGAUUAUUAAAUUGAAAUUGAAUUCAUAAGAUUCCAAUUGAUCUUUCCAAUCAAUAAUAUAUUUUUCAGAUACAUCACUGACUACAAGAACUUGAGCGACGACUCCAAGGCUACCAUCGAAAAGAACUUCCCAAUUUUGACCAACUUCUUCAAGAACGAGAAGGUUCAAGCUCUUAUCGGACAACACAUCCCAAACUAA